CGCAAAAACUAAGGCUCCUUCUUCCCAUUCCGACCCAACUAACUCUCCUUUUCUUUCUUUCCUCCUUAUAGGACGGUCGCGGUCUCAUUCCGCCGCUAGAGCCCCCAAAACGGUGCGUUUCCGGUCACACCCGUCGCGCAGUUGUCGGAGCCCCGAAGCCCGCCGGGCGAGUGGGUCCGGUUGUUUUCACUAAUUAGUGGUGAAUUGUGCCCUAAAGUUUCAAUCUUUGCUGCAAGAAUUUGAGAAUUUGGGGCAGAUCAUGGAGAGAAGGAGAUGGUUGCUAGUGCUGGCAGUACUUGCGUGCCUGUUUGGUUGUUCUGCCGGGAGAGAACUGAGAUUCAAGCACAAGAUUCAUAGCCAUAGCCCCGUCUACAAUCACACUCUUGCUACAAUAUUGGUUCGGUAUGCUUCUACGGUGUAUUUGUCAGAUUUGACAGAGCUGUUUUCUUGGACAUGCGACGAAUGUAAUGGCUUGAUUAAGGAUUUUCAAAUGAUAGAGCUGAUUGUUGACAUCCAGCAUUGCUUACAGGCAUAUGUUGGAGUCGCAACAGAUCCUAAUGCUAUUAUAAUUGCCUUUAGAGGAACUCAGGAACACAGCAUACAGAAUUGGAUUGAAGACUUAUUUUGGAAGCAACUUGAUAUAGAUUACCCCGGCAUGCCUGAUGCAAUGGUGCACCAUGGGUUUUACAGCGCUUACCACAACACCACCAUACGCCCUGGAAUUCUAAAUGCUGUUGCAAGAGCCAAAGAGUUUUAUGGAGAUAUUGGGAUCAUAGUGACAGGGCAUUCAAUGGGAGGGGCAAUGGCUUCAUUUUGUGCUCUUGAUUUAAGGGUCAAUCAAAAAGAGAACAAUGUUCAAGUUAUGACAUUUGGACAACCUCGUAUCGGUAAUGCAAUCUUUGCUACUUACUAUAGCAAACUUGUGCCAAAAACUAUACGAAUAACAAAUGGAAAUGAUGUUGUGCCUCAUUUGCCUCCAUACUAUACUCACUUUCCUCAGAAGACAUACCACCACUUCGCAAGAGAGGUGUGGCUUUAUAACAUUGGAUUGGGAAGUCUUGUUUAUAAGGUUGAGAAAAUAUGUGAUGCCUCUGGCGAGGACCCAACAUGCAGCAGGUCAGUGAAAGGGAAUAGUAUUUCAGACCAUUUAGUUUAUUUUGGUGUCGAUUUAAUGGCCAAGACAUGGAGACCGUGCAAAAUUGUGAUGGGUCCUGGUUUACUGGAGCAUGGAAGAACAGAUCUGGAAGGAAAUUUUGUACUGUCCAGAGAUCUUGCAACUCCUGUUCUCAAAUUGAAAACACAGCCAGAUGCCGGGGGAAAGCCUCUGUAGAAUGUUAACUGUGAGAGAUGUGUCCUGAAAGAGAAGCUGUGCCAUUUUUAUGCUUAGAGCCUUUAUGUUUUAAGAAAAGCCGUAGCAAUGAAGAUGGAGGCUUUAAUGAUGCUAGUGUACAUAUUAAUCUGUACGUGUACAUCUUCAUUCUUUGGAAUAUCAAUGCUGAGGCCGAGGCUGAGGCUGUGUUUACUUGUGUAAAUAAUGAAUAAUCUGAUACGUGUGAACUUCUUUAUA